AUGUUCAAUGCUAUCACAAAUCCUCCGCUCCUCGCCACCGAAGAACCUCCGUCUCUGCCCAUUUCCACCUCCGCUCCCUGUCACCUCCGCCCUCGCCACCUGCACCCGGAGCUAUCUCAGCUCCUUUCCACCGCCGCCUCUGCCCUGAGCCCCUCAAAUCGUUUUGGGAACCAAAACUUAGGGUUUGCGAUUCCACCUCUGUUGAGUCCACCAGAGGAAAGUGGUGGAUCCACCAACUCGACUCCACCUCUGAACUCCGGAAUCUUGUCGAGCAGCAACCCGGAAGCUCAUCGAGGCGACUCAGUACGUUAA